UACUCCUGCUUGGCAAAUGGAAGCGCUGAUGAGUUCCAGAGGGGAGAGCAGCUAUUUCGCAUGAGAGCUGUCAAGGAUCCUCUACAGAUUGGUUUCCACUUGAGUGCUACGGUAGUACCACCUCAAAUGCUGCCUCCAAAAGGGGCCUACAAUGUAGCCGUGAUGUUUGACCGGUGCCGAAUUACAUCAUGCAGUUGUACCUGUGGAGCUGGAGCCAAGUGGUGUUCCCACGUUGUUGCCCUCUGCCUCUUUCGGAUUCACAAUGCAUCAGCAGUCUGUUUACGAGCCCCAGUUUCAGAAUCCUUAUCACGUCUGCAGAGGGAUCAGCUGCAAAAGUUUGCCCAGUAUCUUAUCAGUGAACUGCCACAACAAAUCCUCCCCACUGCUCAACGUCUUCUGGAUGAACUGCUCUCUUCUCAAUCAACUGCCAUUAAUACAGUGUGUGGUGCACCAGACCCCACUGCCGGACCCUCUGCAUCUGACCAGAGCACCUGGUACCUGGAUGAAUCCACUUUGAGUGAUAACAUCAAGAAGACACUUCAUAAGUUCUGUGGCCCUUCUCCUGUUGUUUUCAGCGAUGUCAACUCCAUGUACCUCUCAUCUACUGAGCCCCCAGCUGCAGCAGAAUGGGCUUGUCUCUUGCGCCCUUUACGAGGACGGGAGCCUGAAGGUAUCUGGAACCUUUUGUCAAUUGUUCGGGAGAUGUUCAAGAGACGGGACACCAAUGCUGCCCCUUUACUUGAGAUCCUUACAGAUCAGUGUCUCACUUAUGAGCAGAUUACAGGGUGGUGGUACAAUGUGCGUACUUCAGCCUCUCACAGCAGUGCAAGUGGCCAUACUGGUCGCAGUAAUGGCCAGUCAGAAGUUGCCGCUCAUGCAUGUGCUAGUAUGUGUGAUGAAAUGGUUGUCCUCUGGAGGCUGGCCGUUCUAGAUCCUACCAUCAGUCCUCAAAGACGGAGAGAUCUUUGCGCCCAGCUACGUCAGUGGCAGCUAAAAGUGAUUGAAAAUGUUAAGAGGGGUCAACACAAAAAGUCCUUGGAUAAACUCUUCCAGGGCUUCAAACCGGCAGUGGAGGCAUGUUAUUUCAAUUGGGAACAAGCAUACCCCAUCCCCGGAAUCACUUACUGCAGCACUGACAAAAAGAACUCUUUCUCCUGGGUUAAAGCCUUUCAACAGAGAAGCUGCCGACUUCAGUGCACAGAGGCUGUGUGUGAAGGUGGUCGGGCGCAAGGGCAUGAGAGUUGCCUGCUUUUUGGAGACAGAUCACGUCCCUCUUCUCAGGAAAUGUCGGUACGCCCAAAGGAGCUUGUGGCAAAGAGGAAAGUGGCUUCUGAAGUACCUCAAAGAGUUUUAAGACGGCUUUCUGCAGAAGGGGGAGAGAAGAACAUAUACAAGUCCACCGUUAACAAAACAAAGAUGCCAGCAAGUAAGUGUAUGGCCAAUAAGCACAGCGGCAAGCGUCGAAUGAGCAGUGAAGACAGUUCAUUGGAGCCAGACAUGGCUGAAAUGAGUCUUGAUGAUAGCAGCAUGGCGCUUGGAGCUGAAGCCAGCAAUACCUUUAGCUUCAUAGAAUCCCCUCUAAGUAGGAGGUAUCGAGACAACUUUGAGGAUGAAGGAGGUGUAUAUUAUGCGGAGAACCUGGAGCCUUCAGUCACUACCAAUCAAGCAAUGCCUAAGGCUGAAGGUGAUCUGAUAGCAGAAGCUUCAGUUUCUGCUUGCAGUGGAGAGGAGGACCUGAUUGUUGCAGAUGAUGUGGAAGGUAAAAGCCUCAAACCAAAAGAGGUGGCACAAAAUGCAGAGGUGGCUGGUGUUCAAGGGGAAAGCAAAGGCACAGAAGAAAGUGAGAACCGUGAAAAGGGUGAGGAAGAAGAUGACUAUCAGGCUUACUAUGUAAACCCUCAAGAGGCAGCUAAGAAUGAAGAUGAGAAGGUAGAUGAGGGGACAGAAGAAGAGCAAGAUAUAUUUGCAGGAAUAAAGCCUCUUGACCAGGAGAAUAGAAUGGAGGUACUUUUUGCUUGUGCUGAAGCCUUGUAUGCUCAUGGAUAUGGUAAUGAAGCUUGUCGUCUUACAGUGGAGCUAGCCCAGGAUCUGUUGGCUAACCCACCUGACCUGAAGGUGGAGCAGCCUCCGACUAAGGGUAAAAAGAAUAAAGUUUCCACAAGCAAGCAGACUUGGAUUGCAACAAACACCUUGUCAAAAGCUGCUUUUCUUCUGACUGUGCUGAGUGAGCGGCAGGAGUUACACAACCUGGCUUUCUGUAUUGGCAUGUUUGCCCUGGAACUUCAGAGACCCCCAGCAUCCACCAAAGCACUGGAGGUAAAGUUGGCAUAUCAGGAGUCUGAGAUUGUGUCACUAUUGAAGAAGAUUCCAUUGGACUGCAAUGAAAUGAACACAAUUCGUGAGCGAGCUAAGGAGUUACGGGAUGGCACUUUGUGUGAUUAUCGGCCCGUCCUCCCUCUUAUGUUGGCCAGUUUUAUCUUUGAUGUCCUUUGUACUCCAGUGGUAUCCCCAACAGGUUCCCGUCCUCCAAGCCGGAACCGUAACAAUGAGAUGCCUGGGGAUGAAGAGCUGGGGUUUGAGGCAGCUGUUGCUGCACUAGGCAUGAAGACCACAGUCAGUGAAGCUGAGCAUCCUUUGCUUUGUGAAGGAACGAGAAGGGAGAAGGGUGACUUGGCAUUAGCUCUGAUGAUUACCUACAAAGAUGAUCAGUCUAAGCUAAAAAAGAUACUGGAUAAGCUCUUGGAUCGAGAAAGUCAGACUCAUAAACCUCAAACUCUGAGCUCCUUCUACUCCUCCAGUAAACCCACAACAGCCAAUCAGAAGUCUCCUUCUAAGCACGCCUCACAGUCCACAACAACUAUAAUAAUAUCAAGUGGUCCAGCCAGUCAUCAACAGCCAGGAGUGACCCCUGCAGUUCAUGGGACAAUAACUGAGAACUUUCCAGAGAAGAGCAUUCAAGACAACUCCCAGAAAUCCUCCGGUGAGCCUGCAGGGGAAGCACAGGUGUACAAGCAGGAAGCGAAAGUUCCUAGCCGACUAGCCCUUGGGAACAGGGGAGGGUAUAAUGGUCGAUGUUGGGGGUCUCCAGUGCGCCAGAAAAAAAAACAUACAGGAAUGGCCAGUAUUGAUAGCAGCGCCCCAGAGACAACAUCUGACAGUUCCCCAACCCUCAGUCGCCGACCACUGCGUGGAGGCUGGGGAGCCACCCCCUGGGGGCGGGGACAAGACAGUGACAGCAUCAGUAGCUCAUCCAGCGACUCGCUUGGUUCAUCAUCCUCUAGUGGGAGCAGAAGAGCAAGUGGUGGAGCCAGAGCCAAGACAGUGGAGAUGGGCAGGUAUAAGGGACGUCGUCUAGAAAGUCAUGCUCCACAUGUCCCUAAUCAGCCUUCAGAAGCUGCUGCCCACUUCUAUUUUGAAUUGGCAAAGACAGUCCUCAUUAAAGCUGGGGGGAAUAGCAGCACUUCUAUAUUCACGCAUCCUUCAUCCAGUGGUGGACAUCAAGGGCCCCAUCGCAACCUGCACCUGUGUGCCUUUGAAAUAGGCCUCUAUGCCCUGGGCCUGCACAAUUUUGUGUCUCCAAACUGGCUUUCUAGGACAUAUUCUUCACAUGUCUCUUGGAUAACAGGCCAAGCCAUGGAGAUUGGUAGUGCAGCCCUGAAUAUCCUUGUGGAGUGCUGGGAUGGGCACUUAACUCCUCCAGAGGUGGCAUCCUUGGCAGACAGAGCUUCUCGAGCCCGAGAUUCUAACAUGGUGCGAGCUGCAGCUGAACUGGCUCUGAGCUGCCUCCCUCAUGCCCAUGCAUUGAACCCUAAUGAGAUCCAGCGAGCUCUGGUACAAUGCAAGGAACAGGACAACCUGAUGUUAGAGAAGGCCUGUAUGGCAGUAGAGGACGCUGCUAAGGGAGGAGGCGUUUACCCAGAGGUCUUGUUUGAAGUGGCUCAUCAGUGGUACUGGCUGUAUGAACAGAUUGCUGGUGGGACUCCAGUUCCGAGAGAAGGCGCCACCGGCUGCACUGCAGGAGGGGCACGUUCUGUGGCAGAAGCUGUGCGUGGACUUACAGACAACAGGAUAAUACAGGAUACCUCCACUGUGACUGUGGCAGCAGCAGUGACUGCAGCAACUGUGGUCCCAGUCAUUUCAGUUGGGUCAACAAUAUACCCUCCGCAUACUGCAAUGGCUCAUGCUCACACCCAAGGACUACACCCCUAUUCCACUCUACAAACGCAUAUACCGACAGUCUGUAAUCCCCAGUAUAUUGGAAUUCCACGGCAGCAAAUGCCACAACCCACCGUCUUCCCAGUACCUGGGACAUUGUACACACAGGGCGUCCACCCAGCUUUCAUUGGAGCCCAGUACCCCUACACAGUUACAACUCCUACCAUCGCAGCUACAGCCGUCUCCUUUCCGGGGGCUCCAGUUCCCUCGAUGACCCAGAUCGCUGUUCACCCUUACCACACAGAGGCAGGGCUUACGCUGUCUUCUAAUGUAGCAAUAGGGAGCGUUCACACAGGAACCACCUUUCCUGCAAUCCCAGGGACCACCAUGACUACAAUCAGCACCCAACCUGCCCCAAUGGUCCCAGGAGGCUUCCCUGCUGAGGACGAGCAGCACAGUCAGCCAGUCAGCCCACAAGGAUUACACUACCUCCACUCAGCUUAUCGUGUUGGGAUGCUCGCAUUAGAGAUGCUGGGACGCAGAGCUCACAAUGACCACCCCAAUAACUUCUCCAGAAGCCCCCCAUAUACAGAAGAUGUCAAGUGGCUGCUAAGUUUAGCUGCCAAGCUAGGUGUGAACUAUGUGCAUCAGUUCUGUGUCGGGGCAGCAAAAGGUGUGCUCAGUCCAUUUGUCCUACAGGAAAUCAUUAUGGAAGCUCUUCAGCGACUUAACCCGGCCCACAUCCAUAAUCACCUGCGUACCCCGGCCUUCCAUCAGCUGGUUCAGCGCUGUCAACAGUCUUACAUGCAGUACAUCCACCAUCGCUUAAUACACCUUACCCCAGCGGACUACGACGACUUUGUAAAUGCCAUCCGCAGCGCACGGAGUGCAUUCUGUCUCACCCCUUUGGGAGCCAUGCAGUUCAAUGACAUUCUGCAGAAUCUGAAGAGGGGCAAACAGACCAAGGAGUUGUGGCAGAGGGUAUCCCUGGAAAUGGCCACUUAUUCACCAUGACCGCACCAGCAACAUGCAGAAGAAGUGCUCAUAUUUUUUUUUUUUGGUGGUCAAAAAGCCUUGAAAGCAAGUAGCAUAACCCAGCUUCCACCUCCAGGACUGUAGCACUGUACUGGUCAAGCAUAAGAUG